AUGGCAGAGCAUUCUCAGGUUGAUGACCAUCUGUUUGUAACAAGUGGUAUGCAGGAUUUCCAGGAUAUGACCAACUACUAUUCUGUUUCGGAUAUGGUGUACCAUGGCCCCCUUUUUACUUGGUAUAACAAGAGGGAACAUGAUCUGAUUUUGACAAAACUGGAUCGAGUCUUAAUAAACUAUGCCUGGACAAGAUUUUUCCCGCAGUCUUAUAGUGUUUCUGAGGCUGGUGGCUGCUCUGAUCAUCUGCAUUGCCGAGUUUUGUUGAAAGCUGACACUAGUGGUUCAACCUCUCGCAAACCUUUUAAGUUUAUUAACGCUCUCACUGAGAUGGAGGAAUUUUAUCCUUUGGUUGAUGAGUAUUGGCAAGCUACACAACCGCUUUUCUUGUCUACUUCAACCCUAUUUCGCUUCUCCAAGAAGCUAAAAGGCUUAAAACCUUCACUCCGGCGAUUGGCAAAGGACCGGUUUGGUUCUCUUGUAAAGCGUGUGAAGGAGGCUUAUUCCACGUUAUGUACAGGACAAAAGGCGACUUUGGAUAAUCCCUCUGUCCAAGCGAUGGCGGAUGAGAAUGCUGUCAGCAAUAAGAACAAUAAGAUCUUUCAUCGAGCAGUGACGAAUCGACAGUCUAUAAAUACCAUCAAAGAGGUAGUUUGUCCAGAUGGGAGAAUAGCUGUGACGGAGGAUGCGUUUAAAACUGAAGCAGAGAGACAUUUUCGGGAGUUCCUUCAGUUGGUUCCUAGUGAUUUUGAAGAGAGUCGGCACACACGAACUGUCACGGGGGUUGAAAUUAAGAAAGUGUUGUUUUCGAUGCCAAAUGACAAAUCACCGGGGCCAUAUGGGUUUACUGCUGAGUUUUAUAAGGCUGCAUGGGGGUUGAUUGGGGCAGAGUUUUUUUUAGCAGUUCAGUCUUUUUUUGCUAAGGGUUUCUUGCCUAUAGGUAUAAACUCUACUAUUCUUGCUCUCAUUCCGAAGAAAACAGCAGUAAAGGAAAUGAAAGAUUAUAGACCAAUCUCUUGUUGUAAUAUUUUCUAUAAGGUUAUCUCCAAGAUCCUUGCAAAUCGGUUAAAGUUGGUUCUCCCUAAGUUUAUAUCCGGUAAUCAGUCAGCUUUUGUUCAAGAUCGGCUACUAAUUGAGAAUGUUUUGUUAGCUACUGAAUUGGUGAGGGAUUAUCAUAAGGAGUCAGUAUCAGGACGUUGUGCCAUCAAGAUUGAUAUAUCGAAGGCAUUUGAUUUGGUGCAGUGGAGUUUUUUAUCGAAAGUUCUCACGGCAAUGUGUUGUCCACCUACUUUUGUGCAAUGGAUCAUGCUUUGUGUCACUACUGCUUCCUUCUCUGUUCAGGUGAAGGGUGAUUUGGUUGGUUACUUUAGGAGUUCCCUUGGGCUUCGUCAAGGGUGCUCUUUAUCACCAUAUAUGUUUGUUAUUUGUAUGGAAGUGCUUACUAAGCUGUUGGAUAAGGCCGCUGGUGCAUGUCGUUUUGGCUAUCACUUGUGUUGUAAGAAUCUUGGUCUCACCCACUUAAGCUUCGCGGAUGAUCUAAUGGUUCUCUCGGACAGGAAGGAGCGGUCGGUCGAAGGUAUUGUGGCAGUGUUUGAUGAAUUCGCCAAACUUCGGUUUCCUAUCCGCUAUCUCGGCCUCCCUUUGAUUACCAAAAAGCUUACCAAUGCUGACUUGGCUCCUCUGCUUGAAAAGUUGCGGCAACGAAUUGGCUCGUGGACAUUGGUGUGGCGUCUUGCGUCACAAGGUAACUCUCUUUGGGUUCGAUGGGUUCACAUGAACCAGUUGCAGAACCAAUCUUUCUGGUCAGUGAGCGACACUAUGACUCGCAGAUCGUGGAUAUGGCGAAAACUCCUGAAGUAUCGAGAUGUGGCAAAACCAUUGUGUAGGAUGGUGGUCGGCAAUGGUGCGAAAACCUCUUUUUGGUAUGAUAAUUGGUCUCCAAUGAAUAGGCUUAUGGAUAUUGGAGGGGAUCGUGGAGUCAUUGACCUGGGGAUUUCAAAACAGAGCACUUUGGCAGAAGUGUGGGAUACCCAUCGAAGGAGACGACAUAGGCUACCUCAUAUUAAUGACAUGGAAGAUGCUUUGCACACUCAACGACUACAACGUCGCGAUGUUCCUGAUAGUCUGCAUUGGAAAAGCAAGAAUGAUAUGUUCCGUUCUGGGUUUUCUACUCGAGACACUUGGAAUCACAUACGCACUACUUCAAACGUGGUUGCUUGGCACAAAGAGGUUUGGUUUGAUCACGCGGUGCCCAAGUACUCCUUCUGUGUGUGGUUGGCGGCUCUGAACAAGCUAUCUAUAGGCGAUCAUAUGCUUUGCUGGAACAGGGAUGCGGAUGGUACCUGUGUCCUAUGCCACUCUGCUCUUGAAACUCGGAACCACCUUUUCUUUUCUUGUCAUUAUGCUACUGAGGUGUGGGGUGCUUUGGCCAAAGGGCUCUUUCGCACACAAUACAUGACCGACUGGGAGACAAAUCUUACUUCUAUCUCGAAUCAGCAACAACCACGGGUGGAAGAUUUUCUUCGACGAUGUGUUUUCCAAGUGGUUGUUUACACACUUUGGCGAGAGCAUAAUGGGCGACAGCAUGGAGAAGUCUCAACACCAUUUCAUUGUCUCAUUAAUUGGGCAGAUAAGCAGAUUAAAGCUCAAAUUACUGCAAUCGGAAAGCUCGGAGAUCGACGGUAUGAUGAAGCAUAUUAA